CACCCUACCUUAGAAGCCCCCCACGGAAGUCCCCCCUCUGUUCUCCUCUCUCGCUCGUUCGGCUCCGCCGCCUUCUUUCCAAGCGGCGACGGCAGGGGAGUGGCGCCGCCCUGCCAGUUCGUCGUUGGACGCUUCGCCGGCGACAAGAUACAGGGAAAAGUGUUUUGUGUGAGACUACCAAAACUUGAAAAUGAACAAGGGCAAGAUUUUUAAGUUAGCUAAGGGAUUCAGAGGAAGGGCAAAAAACUGUAUAAGGAUAGCAAGGGAGAGGGUGGAAAAGGCACUGCAGUAUUCAUACAGGGAUCGGCGCAACAAGAAGAGGGACAUGCGAUCUCUUUGGAUUGAGCGCAUCAAUGCUGGUACACGCCUUCAUGGGGUGAACUAUGGCAACUUCAUGCAUGGAUUGAUGAAGGAGAAUAUCCAACUUAACAGGAAGGUUCUCUCUGAGCUGUCCAUGCAUGAGCCAUACAGCUUCAAGGCUCUUGUCGAUGUAUCUCGCAAUGCAUUUCCUGGGAACAGGCCUGUUCCUGCUAAGGAGGGGCUAGCAAGCAUUCUGUAACCAUUUCUUGCCCAAUAAUCAAACUUGACGGCUACAUCUGCAUCUGAAAGUACCUUUUGUCUUGUAACGUUGUGAAGACCUUGUCUGUUUGAUGACCUGCCGGACCGACAAUCGUAGUACAUGUUUUGUACUGCAAUUACUUUUAGAUUUCUGAAAAAUGUAUUCCGUUUACUCCUGAAAGCCUUUGGAAGAAUUAGUUAGUGGUCAGGUUUUCUACUUCAUUGGCAAGCUUAUAAACUGCUACCAAGAGAGCAGAGUAAGUAACCACUCAUUUUCAAGCACGUGGAAAAAGGAUGUGUGUCUGAUACUGCAGACGGCAGCCGAGUGGUUCGUAUUUGCCUUCUUCUGAAAUCAUGGCAUCAUCGCAUCUCUUAAAAAUUCGGUGCGCGGGCUGCAUCAUCGUCUCCUAGAUGAUUAGAAGAAUGACGCUUCCUGUUGGCUGCUUCGUCCUGGUCGCCCUAUUUGAUAUUGUGUGGAUGAGCAAAACUUUUCAUGGCAUGUAUACAUUUAUUCUAUCUCACACAGCUCUUUACCUAUUCUUUAAAAAAA